AUGUUCUUUAUGCGCCGUCUCAGUACUGCGGCGCCUGGCAUAUUCUUUCCAAACCCAUUCCAGAGAUAUCGAAUGUCGACCGCUCCCUCCUUCAAGCCGUUUAAACUAGCCCUGAUCCAACUUGGGGGUGUCGGACCAGACAAGUCGGCCAACCUAAAGCAUGCGCGUGAGAUGAUACUGAAGGCAGCGGAAGGAGACGGGUCUGCUGGUUCCAAGCCGUCGCUUGUCGUCCUGCCAGAAUGUUUCAAUUCGCCUUAUGGUCAUGCACAUUUCCCAACCUACGCGGAGACAAUUGGGUUCACCAAAGCAGAUGACAUCGAGGUCCAGACAUGUAAGAGUGAAAGCGUGAAGAUGCUUUCUUCUACUGCCAGGGAGGCUAAUGUCUGGUUGGUCGGAGGUGCACUGGUAGCAACACACCGCAAAGUCCAUCUGUUCGACAUCGAUAUUCCAGGGAAAAUAACGUUUAAAGAGAGCGAAACACUCACGGGCGGUUCUUCAUUGAACUUUUUUGAUACCGGUAAUCAUCCAAGCUUUCUUACCAAGUCCCUUGGGGCUAAUCGAGGACCAGAAUUUGCACGCAUUGGUCUCGGUAUAUGUUAUGAUGUCAGAUUUCCAGAGCUAGCUAUGAUAUCCGCACGAAAAGGAUGUCAUGUGCUUAUUUACCCCGGGGCUUUCAACCUGACCACGGGGCCACUUCACUGGAGCUUACUUCAACGUGCACGGGCGGUCGACAACCAAGUUUUCUUUGCCAUGUGCAGCCCGGCUCGUGAUAUGAAUGCAGGCUACCACGCCUGGGGACAUUCUAUGGUUGUGGAUCCCUUUGGCAAGAUACUAGCUGAAGCAGAAGUGGGCGAGAGCGUCGUCCAGGUAUCGAUUGACCCGACGGUAUUGUAUGAUGCGAGGGCAGGCAUUCCUGUAACUACACAGAGGCGUUUCGACGUGUACCCUGAUGUGAACAAUGCGCAAUAG